ACGUCACCACUUUUAUAAGUCUACCUACCCUGAAUGUCACCUUCAGCGGUUUAACACCUGGAACAGAACAUCCUCGAGUAAGCUACGGACGGUGUGUUGUGUGUUUGUCGGACUGUUGUUCACUGGAGCAGUUUACAAACUAAGAGUCGACGCAGCAGUGAGUAGGCUUGUGGCAGCUAAAAAUACACUUCUACCUGCCUAAACAGGUACACACCAUGAUUGUCGAUAAGGUAGAGCUUCAGGUAAGGUUAUUGGAAAUUCCCGCCAGACGGUGAUACCUUGUGACCAUCGCAAUCUCUUCUCGUCUAUUCUAGGAUGUUUCUGCAGCAAAGUUCGUCCUGGUCUUGUGUUUACUGAAGCAGCCACACCUGGCAGACUCCAUUGCGGACCCGACAAUCACCUGCAAACGGUUUGUCCCCGAGGGUGACCCACUAAACUGCGAAUGCGAGGCCCGUGUCGUCGGUGACUACCCCGCCGACUUCUCACUGACGUGGCCUGGACGUUCGACAAACCCCACCCUGGAUAUACCCUACGUCAAGCGACAACACAACGGCACAACCUACAUCUGCCUUCUUGUUUGGAAUGGCGAGAAACGAACUGCCACGUACACGCUGCAAGUUGCAUAUGGGCCUGACGAUGCACACACUGCUAUCGAAGGACCAGAUCCAUUCGUCACUGACGGGUCAAGGACGAUGACCCUCACCUGCAAGGCGACAGACGUCAACCCCAACCCCGUCUACACCUGGGAGACGGACAGGUGCGUAACCUACGACUCGGACAGAGGCACCUGCACUCUAGUCCCGCAGGUGCCCUGGGACGACGGAACGCAGGUGAAGUGCAGCGCCAGAAGCCGGGAGGGCAACAGCAACAAGGCUACAGCUGCCUUUUCGAUGAAUAUUGUUUUCCCGCCACCCAACCGUCCUGUAAUCAAGGGCCACAGACAAGGGAACAUUGUGUAUUUCGAAGAGCCGCUGGAGUGUAGAGUGCAGGGAGGAAAGCCUUUGGUGUCAGAGGUCACAGUGUCUUGCAACCAGACAGGUGUGAUCUAUCUAGGAGGCACUACGGUUGGCAAUGGAGGGUCGUUUGCCAGGAGAAACUUCACCUUUAACACUGGAGUCAAAGGCACCACGCCUCUAUCAUGCACCUGCAGAGGAGAAUGGGCCCCAGCACCAAACCUCUAUCAACAAACAUCGGAUAUUGUUUUCCUUGUGAAAUCCCCUCCACAAAAUCCAGUUAUCAACUGCAGCACAAUGAUACCAGAAGGACAGUCAGGCACCUGUGAGUGUCGUCUGGCUCCAGGUGAUGAGCUGCCAGACGGCUUCUCUCUGACCUGGCCAGGUCACUCCAACUCGCAGGUGAUGCAGAUGUCAAACGUCACGCGAUUGGAUAACGGCAGGACCUUCACCUGUCUCUUGUCUUUCGACGGUGUGGUCCGAUCCACCACCCACACUCUCCAUGUUGCUUACGGACCAGAAGACGAGCACAUGCAAGUUGUUGGACCUGACACCUUUAUUACUAACGGCACGAUGAACCUUAAUUUAACGUGUAAUGCCACAGAGGUGAACCCCUCCCCGAGUUACAACUGGAGCCUCAGCAGGUGUCAGGUGAGAGAAAACGACGGGAAAAGCACGUGCUCUUUCGUCCCUUUGCCUCGGUUUGACGAUGGGCUGGUCAUUCAGUGCACCGCCUAUAACAGCAGGACACAGAAAAAGGGCAGCCUCCAACAUCAGUCUCGAUCUCCAAUAUCCACCGCUGUAUCCACCAAUGAUAGAAGGCCUCGAAGAAGGGCAACAUCUUUCAGCCGGAACAAUCCUCCUCUGUAAUGUGUCUGGAGGCAAACCCCUGGUUGCCAAGGUGAUCUUCACCUGUCGGGAACCUCCUCUAGAAGAUGAGGAGGAUUUUGUGGAUGGAGACACGGUGUCGAGUCCGCUAAAGAUCAACGUUACCCUGGCAUCAACAGACGAUAUGAAGUGCACUUGCCACGCGGAGUGGUCUCCCCGACCAGAAUUGUAUGCCGAGGUCAAAGUAGUCGGUGGCUUUGA